AUGGAGGUUGUGUGCAACCAUUGCGGUGCAUUGAAGUUCGCUGGAGAAACACCUGGACUGUGCUGUCUCAGUGGCAAGGUUAAAUUACCACCAUUGCCCUUGCCAACAGAGCCAUUGCGUUCUUUGCUUACUGGUGAAACACCAGAAUCACGUCAUUUUCUAUCGAACGCUCAGAAAUACAACGGAUGCUUUCAAAUGACUUCAUUUGGAGCAGAUAUUAUUCAUGAACGCGGAUUCAUUCCGACAUUCGAGAUUCAAGGCCAAAUUCACCAUCUAAUUGGAUCAUUGCUACCACUUGAAGACGCACAACAUAAAUUCCUUCAAAUUUACUUCAUGGGCAAUGUGGAACAUCAACUUGAUCAGCGCCAAACAAUCAAUACGAUUCCUGAUCCCGAAACCGAUCCAGACCUGCAUGAUGUCGUAAUUACAAACAUGAUUAAUGGACCGUGUGGCGCCAUUAACCCACAAUCACCGUGCAUGGUCGACGGCAAGUGUUCCAAGCGUUAUCCACAAAAUUUGACUGUUGAUACCAUCACUGGCAAAGAUGGUUAUCCACUGUAUCGACGUCGAUCUUCUGAUGAUGGCGGUAGAACAAUCACAGUCAAAGUGAAAGGAAAUGAUUUCGUGGUCGACAACUCUUGGGUUGUUCCGUAUUCGCCACUUCUUUCCAAAACAUUCAGGGCGCAUUGUAACGUGGAGUAUUGCAAUUCAGUGAAGUCCAUCAAGUACAUCUGCAAAUAUGUCACGAAGGGCAGUGACAGGGCGGCUUUUGGUCUUCAAGCUCCUGACCCCAAUGAUGAAAUCACGCGCUAUCAAAAUGGUCGAUACGUAUGCUCCAAUGAGGAACGCCAAAACGUAUAUUCUCAUUUACCAUUCAUGAACGCGACAACAUUGACCAGUUUCUUCUCGAUUUGCCAAAGUGAUCCGUUUGCACGUGCGUUACUUUACUCAGAGAUGCCGCGUUAUUACACUUGGAAUGCUUCAUCGAAGAAAUUUCAACGUCGAAAGCAAGGUAAUGUAGUUCCUGGUCAUCCGGAUGUGCGUUCUACUGAAGCUCUUGGCUGUAUUUAUACAGUUUAUCCGAAAAAUGAUGAAUGCUUUUACUUACGACUAUUGCUGGUGAAUGUUCGUGGCCCGACAUCAUUUGAAUCACUUCGAACUGUCAAUGGUAUAGUGCUGCCAACAUUUCGUGUUGCACGUCACGAGCUCAAUUUGCAUUCAGAGAAUCCCCAUCUUGAUAUGAAUGAAGAGAUGCACAACCAGGCCUUGGUUUUGAUAGAAGACAUGUGUUACCUCAUGUGCGGCAGUUUGUUAGCUAGGUUAGGAAUGACGUCGCCUGAUCGUGGAGUAAACGACGCUUUCGAACGAGAAUUGCAGCGUGAACGUGAAUACGACACAAAUGCACUAAGCCAAUUGGUUCGAACGAAUAUACCAUUGUUGAAUCCUCAACAAAAAGAACUGUACGAUACGGUGAUGAAGGCAAUUGAUGAUGGAAAUAUCGGCAUGAUUUUCCUUGAUGCGCCUGAUGGAACUUGA